GCCGGGCCCGGGGCAGCUGCGGUGGGAAGCCGAGGCGCGCGGGAGCCGUGGAGGGACCGUCCGCAGCCCGGAGGCGAGGACCCGGGCUGGGUUUUCCUUACUCCGGUCCCUUCUUAUCUCAUAAUGUCAAUGUCCUGAAAUCUGAGGAUUCCACCAAGAUAAUAUGAUAGGAACUUUCAGUGAUUUGGAGCCGUAUCCUACUUAGACUAAUGCGGGCCUUCCAGGUUUCCUAAGAGCUUGUACAGCAGCACACACUGCUGUUGUUAAUCGGCACAGGCAAGAAUGCCAUCUUUGCCUCAAGAAAGAGUUAUUCAGGGACCCUCUCCCCUGGAUCUGAAUACAGAAUUGCCUUAUCAAAGCACGAUGAAAAGGAAAGUCAGAAAGAAGAAAAAGAAGGGAACCAUUACAGCAAAUGUUGCUGGGACAAAGUUUGAAAUUGUUCGUUUAGUAAUAGAUGAAAUGGGAUUUAUGAAAACGCCAGAUGAGGAUGAAACAAGUAACCUUAUAUGGUGUGAUUCAGCUGUUCAGCAGGAGAAGAUUGCAGAGCUGCGAAAUUACCAGAGGAUCAACCAUUUUCCAGGAAUGGGGGAGAUCUGUAGGAAGGAUUUCCUAGCAAGAAAUAUGACCAAAAUGAUCAAGUCCCGGCCUCUGGAUUAUACCUUUGUUCCUCGAACAUGGAUCUUCCCUGCUGAAUAUACACAAUUUCAGAAUUAUAUGAAAGAAUUAAAGAAAAAAAGAAAGCAGAAGACUUUUAUAGUAAAACCAGCUAAUGGUGCAAUGGGUCAUGGAGUGCUGUGGGGAAAAAAGAUAUUUGGAAAUAUAGCUGCCAGGAUUUCUUUGAUAAGAAAUGGUGACAAACUUCCAUCUCAGGAUCAUUUGAUUGUUCAAGAAUACAUUGAAAAGCCUUUCCUAAUGGAAGGUUACAAGUUUGAUUUACGAAUUUAUAUUCUGGUAACAUCGUGUGAUCCACUAAAAAUAUUUCUCUACCACGAUGGACUUGUGCGAAUGGGAACAGAGAAGUACAUUCCACCUAAUGAGACCAAUUUGACCCAGUUAUACAUGCAUCUGACAAACUACUCUGUGAACAAGCACAAUGAGCAUUUUGAAAGGGAUGAAACUGAAAACAAAGGCAGCAAACGUUCCAUCAGAUGGUUUACAGAAUUUCUACAAGCAAAUCAACAUGAUGUUGCUAAGUUUUGGAGUGAUAUUUCAGAAUUGGUGGUAAAGACUCUGAUUGUAGCAGAACCUCAUGUCCUGCAUGCAUAUCGAAUGUGCAGACCUGGUCAACCUCCAGGAAGUGAAAGUGUCUGCUUCGAAGUCCUGGGAUUUGAUAUUUUGUUGGAUAGAAAACUAAAGCCAUGGCUUCUGGAGAUCAAUCGAGCUCCAAGCUUUGGAACUGAUCAGAAAAUAGACUAUGAUGUAAAAAGGGGAGUGCUGCUAAAUGCACUGAAGCUACUAAAUAUCAGGACCAGUGAUAAAAGGAGAAACUUGGCUAAACAAAAAGCUGAGGCUCAAAGGAGGCUUUAUGGUCAAAAUUCAAUCAAAAGGCUUUUACCGGGUUCCUCAGACUCAGAACAGCAGAGACAUCAGUUGGAGAGGCGGAAAGAAGAGUUGAAGGAGAGACUUGCUCAGGUACGGAAGCAGAUCUUGAAAGAAGAACAUGAAAAUCGACACAUGGGGAAUUACAGGCGAAUUUAUCCUCCUGAAGAUAAAACACUACUUGAAAAGUAUGAAAAUUUGUUGGCUGUUGCCUUUCAGACCUUCCUUUCAGGAAGAGCAGCUUCAUUCCAGCGAGAGAUGAAUAAUCCUUUGAAAAGGAUGAAGGAGGAAGAUAUUUUGGAUCUUCUGGAACAAUGUGAAAUUGAUGACGAAAAGUUGAUGGGCAAAACUGCCAAGUCUCGAGGACCAAAGCCUCUGUCUUCCAUGCCCGAGAGUACCGAGAUAACAAAAAGACAGAAGUACUACAGCAGUGACAGCAGCUGUGGUAGUAGCAGCAGCUCUUCAGAAUCAGAAGAAAAUGAAAAAGAAGAGUACCAAAAUAAGAAAAGAGAAAAGCAAGUUACAUAUAAUCUUAAACAGUCCAACCACUACAGAUUAAUCCAACCAUCCAGCUCCAUAAGGCGUUCAGUCAGUUGCCCUCGGUCCAUCUCUUCUCAAUCACCAUCCAGUGCAGACAACCGCCCCUUUUCUGCUCAACAAGUGAUAUCAUCAUCCCGGUCAGCUUCAGGGUCUCGGUCACAUUCUUUAAACCGUGCUUCCUCCUACGUGGGGCAUCCGCCUCAAAGAAAUGAUUGCAGCUCUACCGACUCUCCGAUGAGUGAGUCUUUGCGGCAACUGAGACCAAAAGAACAAGAAGACGAUCUAACAAGUCAGACCUUAUUUGUUCUCAAGGACAUGAAGAUUCGGUUUCCAGGAAAAUCAGAUGCAGAAUCAUUACUUCUGAUAGAAGAUAUGAUUGAUAACUGGAAGUAUCAUAAAGCAAAAGUGGCUUCAUAUUGGCUCAUAAAAUUGGACUCUGUAAAACAACGAAAAGUUUUGGAUAUAGUAAAAACAAGUGUCCGUACAGUUCUUCCACGCAUCUGGAAGGUACCUGAUGUUGAGGAAGUAAAUUUAUAUCGGAUUUUCAACCGAGUUUUUAAUCGCUUACUCUGGAGUCAUGGCCAAGGACUGUGGAACUGUUUCUGUGAUUCAGGAUCCUCUUGGGAGAGUAUUUUCAGUAAAAGCCGGGAGGUGGUGACUCCUUUGCAGCUCCAAUGUUGCCAGCGCCUGGUCGAGCUUUGUAAACAGUGCCUGCUAGUGGUUUACAAAUAUGCAACUGACUCAAGAGGAUCACUCUCAGGCAUUGGUACCAAUUGGGGUAAUUCCAGGUAUUUACUACCAGGAAGUACACAAUUCUUCAUGAGAACACCAACCUACAACUUGAAAUACAGUUCACCUGGAAUGGCUCGCUCCAAUGUUUUGUUUACAUCCCGGUAUGGCCACUUGUGAAACAGAGGGAAGAUCGCCAUGGGUUAUGCACAAUAGCAAUUCAUACUUUUCCCAACUUAACAUUGCAAAGACAGUGACCAUUAAGUGCUGUUUUAUGUAUAUAUGACAUAUAUGUGUGUGAAACUAUAUACACACAUGCACUCAAAUAACAUAUAUAUUUAUUAUAAUAUAUGAAGGAAGAAUUAGCAGGAAACUGGAUAUAAGAUUUAAUCUUUCUGGAAAUGUAAUAAACCAUGUUAAAAUUGUUUACACAAA